AUGGCCUUGAACCCUGAGGACGCCUGUGGUGGGUUCCACCACGCCAAGGUGGUGGCCUUCAUCAACGAGAAGAUGACCGGGCACGUGAAAGGCCCCGAGUUCUACCUUGAGAAUAUGUCCUUGUCCUGGGAGGAGGUGGAGGACAAGCUCAGGGCCAUCCUGGAGGACAACGAUGUGCCCAGCGAGGCCAAGGAGGCCUGCGCCUGGGGUGGCCUGGCCCUGGGCGUGCGCUUCGCCCGCAGGCAGAGCCAGUUACAGGGGCGCAGGGUGCAGCGGCUGCACGACUUCGCCAAGCUGCACAGGUCGGCUGCACAGGCCCUGGCCGCAGACCUGAAGGAGCUCACUGCGCAGCAGGAGCUGGAGCGCAAGGAGGCGGCCUUUCAGCUGCAGCUGCUCCAGGCCUCCCUGGCGGAGGUGCAGAAAGAGAGGGACCGGCUGAGGUGGAAGCUCCUCCAGGCUGAACUGCAGCAGCCCUUGGAGCAGGCCACAGGGUGGCCAAGACUGGCCACUGCUGGUGGGGCUGGGACGGAAGGAGAAGGCGAGGAGGAAGAGGAGGGGGUGGCUGCUGCUGCUACCACUUCUGCUGCUGAUGCCACAGAAGGAGAAGAGGAGAGGGAUGCGGCAGGGGCUGCCACCGCCCCUGCUACCGAGGCGGCACAGGAGCUGGGUGGAAGCUUCCUGCAGCUUCUUGGAGCUGGAGCAGAAAAAUUUCACCUCUGGAGGGCAGAGGGAGGGCGAGCUCAGGUUAGUGGAAACAGCUAUGUUUGAUUUCUCUGGGGCCGAGAAACCUGAGCCCACAGUCUCGCCGGCAACCCUUCCUGUCCAACUCCCUGCCUCAUUCACAUACUCAUACUCAUGCCCCUUAUCCCCAUUCCCAGACCCACCCACACCCAUACCAUCCCCACCAGCAGCCACGUUCACAGCAGCAGCUCCACCUCAGACGGCUGCCCAUUGCGGGGCUUCUGA